GUGAGUUUGUGUGUUACACUAAUAACCUGCAGGGGACUUCCUCUAAAUGGUGUCACUGCAGUAUUUGUAGGCUAGUGUAAACUGUGGGGUGAUAAUCCAAACACACGCACAUUUUUGGAAUCUAGCGGCCUUCCAAGAAGCGUGUCAAAAGGAGAAAACAAAUUGAAGUAGCCCUUUAUUUUUAGCUGUUAAAAACCAGAGAAACUUAAAACAAAUGUUUCUUUCAGCGGUCAUGUUUUCCAAAGCGACUGCCAACUUUGUCCGUCAGAUUGACCCCGAUGGAAGCCUCAUCCACGUGUCCCGGGUAAAUGACUCGCGCAGGCUUCUCCCCAUGGCCGUCGUUGUCAAGCGCAGGCGCUUCUGGGCCUGGCAGAGACCCAAGUACCAUCCGACUGACUUCACCCUCCGCGACCUGUUGCAGGGCGACGAGRCUCUCAAACCUGGAGUGUUUGAGGCUGACUUCUUGACCUACCAGGGAACAUACGGAGACGAAUACACUGGGAAACUGGACACAGAGGCCGGUCCUGUCAGUGUCUCAGCAGAGGGACUGGGCAAGUCGAAGCUCCACUCGUGUUUUGGCAAGCUGAAGAAAGAAGAACUGGAUGUGAAGAAGUUGCUAAAAGACUCAAACAAYAGGUUGAUAGACAUGCAGCACGUUCUGGUGCAGCAGGUGGAGAAGCGGGCGGAAGUGUUGACGGUGGUGAAAGAAAGGAUCCUCACCACAAACUCCUGCUCCGUCACCCAAACACAGAAGCAGCAGUGCACCUUUCAAGGCGUGCUCAGAUUGCUGGGCCUGCUGGGGAGCUCGAUCAAGGUGUGUGGGAAGGAGGCCAACACCAUUGAGCUGGACUCUGAUGUUUCUUUAGAGAUUCCCUCUGGCACUGUGAUUGCUUACAGCAUACUGGAGCUGGAGAUUAAAAAAAACGGACACUAUGAUAUUUGCCUGCAGCCUGGGACGGUCGGAGGUUUUGAGAACGACUCGGUCUCAGAGUCUAAAUCCUUGGACGACUCGGUAGUGGAUGGCAAGUUCAAUAGAGACAUUGUACAAAGAGGAACACUUUGGAGUUUUCAUCAGAAUGGAUCACAGUACAUGGACCUUUCUCCUCUCGGAAACCUCCCUCAGUCCGUUCGAUUUGCUCUGACCAAGAAGCUCCAGGAGACUCUGAGGGACCGAGCUGCUCUGUCAUAUCUGCAGGGUUUGCUGGAGGAGUUGUGCGACAGUGAAACAGCCCAGACAGUUAUCGAUGAGCCGCAACAGAACUCUAGAAGUUCUGUUGUUCUGGAUCAGCUGGAGUCGGACCGUGUCACAGAACGGGGCGUCCCUGCACAUCUGAACUCAGCUUACCUGCUGGUCAGUGCCAUGGAAGAACUUCCUGAUGAAACUUUAAGCCUUUUGAGCGAGACUGAACCAGAUUUCCUGGCAUCUUUUGACAAGCUGAUAGUGUGGUUACAGGAGAGCAGCCAGGCUCUGUCCAUCCAGUCCACUCCUGUCUCACUGCGGGACGAGCAGUUCUUCCAGCAGGCAGAGCGGCUGCUCGGCUCCAUCAACGUGACGCUCAGGAGGGACGCAGACCAGAUCYGGAUGGAGACGGGGGACAGUGAUGAUGUCCUCAUCCUCGUCCUCAGUCUCAGUGUGUUUGGGCUGUCACUGCUCGGUGCAGGGCUGCAAAAAUAAUUGUGCUUGCAUCUUUUGUUUUCACUUAACUUUCUUUUUUUUUUUUUUUGCAGCUGGA